AUGUCUGAAGUAACACUUACAAGAAGAGAACAACAAGCCUUGAGAAAGGCAGAACUUGAAGCAUCACCAGUCAGAACCCUGAGAGAUAUUGGAUCUGCAUUGGAACCUUUGACAAUUCCUAAUGUUAUGAAGUUAAAGUCUAACAUUGUUCAUGUUUUUACUUCUAAAUGGGAACUUUGCAAACAAGAAAUUGAAGAACAAUGCUGCGUCAAGUGGAUUAUCAGUCGUCCUAAUAGACAUAGUUCUGCUGUUGAUAUCACCAAGAAGAAGCAUGUGCUCUUCUCCCAGGUAUACUCCUGUCAUAGAGGUGGAAGCUAUGAAUCUGAAAGCAGAGAAAAGCGUCCAAUUCAACGUAAAUCGAAGAAAGUUGGCUGUGAGGCAACUCUCACUAUUACUUGUUAUGCUGACAAGUCUCAUGUUUACGUGUUUGAUUUUAUUGCCAACCACACCAACCAUAUUCCUGGGGAUAUUAAAACCGAUCUUGGACUUAUUCCUUUAACUCGAGGUCAUGUUGAUGAUAUUGUUGCCCGUUUGACAGCCAGUCCAGGCUCAUCAGCUAGAAAAAUCAGACUUGAGAUUCUUUGCAACAUUGACCAGCAAGAGUAUUCUCUCAAUGGACGUAAAAUCAACUACUUUGAUAUUUACAACAAAAUACUUGCAAUCAACCGAACAAUCUUUCAUUUGCACGAGAACAACUUUAAGUCUAUGAAGAUGUGGUUUACCAAAAAACUUUCUCCCAAAGGUUUUAUUAUCUUUGAAGAUAACCUGCAGACAUAUUCGAACGACAAGAGCCUGUAUGCAUGUGGAUUUACCUCGCCUUUCCAGCAAAGCAAGAUAAAAGCUGCAGCAACAUUCUGUAUGAAUGCCACCUACAGUAUCACUCAAAGAUCAGAUGACAUUCUUUAUACUAUUGUCAUUCGUAAUGAAGAACUUGAUCGUGGUUUCCCCUGUGCAUACAUGCUGACCAAUGACCAUUCCUUGGGUCCAAUUGUCCAAUGGUUGAAGCACUUGAAAGACAAUCAGUUGGUUGUAAACCCCUGGCAGUUUACUAUUGACUGUAGUGAUGCUGAGACAAAUGCACUCAUGGCAAUCUUCCCUGGAUGCCAGAUCCAAUACUGUCUUUUUCACGUCAGUCAAGCAUGGUACAGACGACUAAAUCUGAAAGUCAAGACAGGAAAUACUGCUGCCCAAAACCGUUUGGUUCGAGGAGAAAUGAUGGCUUUUCUUAAGCAUAUCAUAUAUGAAGAGCAUAUAGUUGUAUUUCUUGACAAGAUUGCCAACUUCAUUGGAAGAUAUCAGCAAAGUCAACCUGAUUUUGUCCAAUACUUUGAGACCAACUGGUGUACCAUGACUAAGUAUUGUGUUUGGAGUAGAGCUUUUCAUCAGCUUGAAUUCUCUCACAUGCUAACAAACAACUACAUCGACUCUUGGCACAACCAGCUAAAAACUCAUUUUUUAGGCCACAAGCUCUACUUCAAAGAGGAGAGUAUCAGAAUCAAUAUGCACAGUGGCCCAAUGACAGCUGCCCAAAGACAACAAAGGAAGAUAGAGAUGUCUGCUGAAGCUGUUCCAGCAUACAUGCAUGCUAAUAUGAUUGUUAGCCCGUCAAAAGCAAUGUCUCUGAACACCACUCUUGAUGACACUGAUGAUAUUUUUGAAGACGGGUUUUGGUUCAUCAACUCGUUUACCGAAGAUGGUAUUACCUAUCAAGUUGAAGUUAACAACAAUGUUAUUCUUUCUUCUCCUGCAAAUAAUGUGCUGCCAAUCACAAUUUCUGGUGAGCAGUUUGUUAAUGACAGCACUAUGUCAAUUGAUGGCACAAGGGAGAGCACUGGGCAUGGGUAUGCCAUAGAGGCAUUUGAGUAUGCAAAGAAUUGUUCAUUAACAACUAAACAUAAUGAGCAAGACUUGUAUCAACUGAUACAGUAUGCUACAGAAGAGGAAGCAGAGGUUAUCAGAGCAGCAUAUGCUGCUCCCAUAAAGGCUUUUCAAGAAAUCAAAGCUAAAUAUGAAGCUCAUUUUAGAACUUUAAAUACACAACGUCAUUAA